AUGAGCCCCAUUGUUCGACGCAUCACUGUAUUGUUCCUCUCCACGACGUUCUUCAUCCUCGCCUUUCGCCAACUAGGCUCUCGAAACGGACUCCCCUCGCCCACCUUUACCUCCUCCAAUCGCAUCACAAACCCCGUAGAAUGGAAGAACGUCCCGCUGCGACACCCAGUCGCCUCGCUGGCGCCGUGGCCGACAAGCUCGCCUACUGCCAUCCCGAGAAUACAGCAUGAGUUUGGAAUCGAGACGGAGCACAACAAGGCAGAGAGAAAGCAGAGACAGGCGGCGGUGAAGAAGGCCUUUUUGCAUUCGUGGCGGGGCUACAAGCAGCAGGCAUGGUUGCAGGAUGAAGUGACUCCGGUGACAGGAGGCUUCAAGAAUGGCUUCGGGCAGCGUGCAGCGACCCUGGUGGAUGCGUUGGAUACACUGUACAUCAUGGGGCUAGACGAAGAGUUUGAGGAGGCAGUCCAUGCAGUCAAGAAGAUUGAUUUCACCACUACGGCUGUCCAGCGGCUGAAUGUGUUUGAAACAACCAUUCGCUAUCUCGGCGGUCUGCUCAGCGCCUACGAUUUGAGCAAAGGGAAACACUCUACACUGUUGCAUAAAGCAGUCGAGCUAGGCGAUAUGCUGUACGCCGCGUUUGACACGCCGAACAGGAUGCCUGUGACACGGUGGGACUGGGAAAACGCUGCUCUGAGUGGCCACCAAGAAGCCGAUGCGCAGGCGCUGAGUGCGGAAAUUGGAUCACUGACGCUGGAGUUUACCCGUCUCUCGCAGAUUACAGGCGACCUCAAAUAUCACGAUGCCGUCCAACGCAUCGCGAAUCUUCUGGAGAAACACCAGAGUCGGACCAAGAUACCCGGUUUAUUUCCUAUCCUCGUCUCUCCUUUCCGCGAGGAGUUUGAUUCUCAUGGCUCCUUCACUAUGGGCGGUAUGACGGACUCGCUGUACGAGUAUCUGCCCAAGCAGCACUUGCUUCUUGGAGGAGCAACGGAUCAGUAUCGCAAGAUGUACGAAAAAGCUAUUGAGCCAGCCAAGAAGCAUUUGUUCUUCCGCGCCAUGGUGCCUCAUAAUCAGCACAUUCUGGUUCCAGGUAACGCACGGAUUAGUGCUGCAGGCUCAAUCAAGCUCGAACCCGACGGUCAGCAUCUGGCAUGCUUUGCGGGCGGCAUGGUUGGUCUUGGUGCCAAAAUCUUCAAUCGCACUGAAGACAUGGACGUCGCUCGCAAACUGGUAGAUGGCUGUACCUGGGCGUACGAAGCCAUGCCGACAGGCAUCAUGCCCGAGACGUUCAGCCUGGUGCCGUGCGUCAACGAUGAAGACUGCGCCUGGGACGUUUCAAAAUGGCAUGACGCUGUUAAACGCUCAUAUUCUAGUGCUCUACAUGCACAGCAUUAUGAUGUCCAAGACGUGAUCAAGGAAGAGGGACUUCAGCCAGGCUUUUCAAGGAUUGAAGAUCCCCGGUUUUUGCUACGGCCAGAAGCCAUCGAGUCGGUUUUCAUCCUCUACCGCAUCACCGGCGAUACUGCGCUGCAAGAUACUGCCUGGCGCAUGUUCGAGUCGAUUGAGAACGCUACCAUGGCAGAGUUUGCCCACUCAGCUAUUGCUGAUGUGACUGUGCCCAGGGGACAGGGUCCACUUAAGCUAGAUGAGUGCGAGAGUUUCUGGAUGGCGGAGACACUCAAGUAUUUCUAUUUGAUUUUUAGCGAGCCGAAUCUUGUUAGCUUGGAUGAUUACGUCUUUAACACUGAGGCACAUCCGCUGCGCCGGCCAAAACAGACUUGA